GAAUGCGCUAAGAGGGUUAAUUCAAAUUGGAUUGCAAAGAGUUAACUCGUUUUUGGAAAGCAUUGAGUCAUUUUUAUUCACUUCUGAACUAAAGCUGCAUCGAAACCGGAGACCGUAGUUAUCAUGGAUAUUAUUUCAAUAUUUGAGGAAAUGUUGAUUUUUUAAUGUUGACCUGAAUGCAUUAUGAUGAUGUACAAUUUACGAUAGCAGUUGACUAUUAGAGACAGAGUGAAAUGAACGAAUACGUCUAGGAAUUUAGUGUUUUCAGUGGUUAUUUUGAGUAUUUGAUGAAAUUUUAUGAAAUAAAAUAUUCAGAGAUCAGAUGCUAACCGGGUCAAUGUUGAAUUGUUGAUGGAUUACUGUAUGUAUUCAAUAUCGAACUUGUACUGGAAUAUUCAUACUUGAGACUGGCUGAUUGUGGAAUGUGGAUAAAAUAGCAGUACAGGCAUUAUCUGGUUCCAAGACCAUCUCUCCAUUCCUUGUUCUGCAGUCCUACACAUGUACAUGCAAGCAUCUAUUCUAAGACCUUAGUAACAGCUAGAGUAUAAACAGAGACAACAGACAAUAUGACCGAUAAAGGAUUAACCGAGGGCAGUGAAAGCAUGAUGGAGAAUAUACCAGCGGAAGAGACGGAGAUGGAACCUUUAAAGAAACCAGAGAAAGAGGAAUAUGAAAUUGUCGAGGAAUAUGACCCUCCCAUUGACAGGGGUUAUGCAUGGGUAGUGGUUUUUGGUUGCUACCUCAUGAACGUUCUUUUUGCUGGAUGUUUCAAGUCUAUAGGAAUACUCUUUGUGGAGAUAGUGGAAUAUUAUGGUGCCAGUUCUGGGAUGUCAUCGUUGGUUGUUGGAAUCUUUGGACUAUUUUCAGCACUCUGUGGUCCCAUUGGAACUGGUCUUGGGGCAGCAUACAGCAUCAGAUGGACUGUCAUAGGAGCAGGUGUGUUAUGUGGACUUGGGCCCAUCUUAACUGUGUUCGCUCCAAACAUUGGCUCAGUGGUAUUCUUCUAUGGAUUUGUUACAGGAUGUGGAGCAGGGUUAGCUUAUGGACCAAGUUAUGUCCUCUUAGUGACAUACUUCAAAAAUAGACGUAGUCUUGCAAAUGGCAUUUCAAUGGCUGGCUCAGCUACUGGUCAACUCCUUUACCCAAUACUCCUCAGGUAUAUGUUGGACAAUUUAGGGUUCAAGAAUAGUUUACUCAUUGUGGGAGCUAUCAACUUUAACAUCAUAGUAUGUGGCGCCCUCUACAGGCCUCUGUCAUUCUACAGGCGGAAGGUCCGCAGGAAAAUCACCAAAGAUAAUACAAUGGUUGAAACAGAGGACAAAGAUGAUUUGAAUGAUACAAAUGAACCUUUAAUGAAAAAACCAAUUCAUAAAAGUAUUGAGUAUUUAAAAAGCUCAGAUUAUGAAUUUAGGGAUCAUAAUCUCGAUCGUAAGAAAUCUCAGUCUGAGAAUCUCAUAAAUGGGCAAAAUACUAGCACUCCUAUCAGCCCUAAGAAGCUUUUUGCGAGUAAUGUUUCUCUUGCUGAGGCUUCAUUCCAAGCCUAUGAGGAAAACGAACAGAAGGCAAGAUCACAGACUGAUACUGACACUCCUAAAGACAUUGAACCAAAGGAGAAAUUAUCAUUUAGACAGAAAUUGACUAAAUUACGGGCCAGCAUCAAGAAAGGGGCAUCAGUAUUUGACGUGAGUUUAAUAACUAAUGCUGUGUUUCUCCUCUUCGCCACAUCAUGUAUGAUUUGCUCAAUGGCGUAUUCCUCUCAAUUUGUGUACACUACACCUUUUGGGUAUGAAACAGGAAUGACUAAAACCAAAGCAUCAUUGUUGGUUACAAUCAUGGGUGCCGGUGACUUUUUUGCAAGAAUCUCAUGUGGAUGGUUCGGUGAUCUAGGAUACGUUAAAAGAAUCCAUAUCGUAGCAGUAGGAAUGUUUAUGCCUGGUAUGCUCUCCAUUAUCCUGCCAUUCAUCAAAGGAGAGAUUGUGUUCUAUGUAUAUGCUGUCCUGAUUGGUAUAUUUGGUGGAACAUUUAUGGCGUUACUUGCCGUAGUAUUGGUAGAUCUCCUUGGAAUGGAUGCUCUAGCUCCCGCCAUGGGGAUAGGCAUGAUGUUUGUUGGAUUAGGCUACCUCGGUGGACCUAUGAUAGUUGGUAUCCUUCAAGAUGUGACAGGCACAUAUGACGUCUCAUUCAUAGUAGUUGGUGUACUGAACCUACUUGCCUUCACAUUAUUGCUCCUCAACCCACUGGCCAAGAGGUACCAGAACAAGAAAGACAGACUCAAGGAGGAAAAACUUGAAAGACUAAAAGAAGAGGAAAAUGUUAAAGACGCUGAAGCUGUUAGCUCCAAUGACGUAUUCAUAGAUGGUAAUAUUGCAUCUAAGGAUGAUGAUGUUACCAAAAGUGAUAUGACCAAAGCUAGUUUGAUGAAUAAUGACAAUAGCAAGAAUAAUGCUAAUGACAAUGUGGGAGGAGACGGUGAUAAAAUCACUGAUGGUGAUCCCAAAGUUGAUGACAUUCCACAAGUUAAUGUAAUUAAAAACAAUGGAUUACAAGAAGAAGCAGAAGCAAAUGGGAAGCUAGAGCUCAACCACAAAAUGUAACACUCCAACUGUGACGUGUAACUAAUCCAAAAUUUGUAACACUCACAGCUAAAUGACCAAUGCAAGGGUUGCUGGAUUUCAAAUAUGAUAUGUGACAGUUAUCUAACAGUACUUUCCUCUGUGAUCAUUUGUUUGAUGAUACAGUCUAUGAUUCAUUUUUAUCACUUUUUUCAAAAAGAUACAUUGUAAUGUAUGUCACCACCAGAAGUGGUUUCAUAUUGUUAUAGUC